AUGACUAUUGCUGCAUAUGCGUAUGAAACAAAUGAAGCAAGAAGAGCACAUGAACUAGUAAACGAAAACUCAACUUUAACCAUUGAAGGCAAUGAUUUAGUCAUUGACGAUGGAAAAACUAAAAAAGUCAUUGAUUUCGAUACUUUUAACACUUAUGACCCAUUCAUUACAACAAGCAAGGUUCCCAUCAUAAAUGAUGGAACGGUGCAAUAUAUAAAUUCUACAGUAGAUGCCUCAUUAGUGAAAGUAUUAAAUGUUCUCAUUGAAUUGUUAAAGAGCUUUCGAUUUGACGACAACAUUAAAUGCCUAAAGAAUUUAGUCAUGAAUGAGAAACAAAUUCUCGGCGUUGCUGGUAGCAGUAAUGAUGUACACCUUAUGACAUUAGAAUAUUAUAACGAACAUAAAGAUGAACUGAAAGGAGAGAAGGGUGACACUGGACCUCAAGGAAUACAAGGAAUACAAGGAAUACAAGGACCUCAAGGCGAAAACGGUUUGGAUGGUGAAGAUGGAAAGGAUGGAAAAACUGCUAAAUCAUGGAUAUGGAACCUUAUAAAUACUGGUUUAACAGCUGCUUCAUAUGGAGUUCUUCAAUACCAAAUCGGAAAGAUAUGGGCAGUACUUGGUGAAGAAGUUUUAGAUGAC